GUUUUUCCAGUGUACUCUUCCAAAAUAUUACACUACCCCUCGCCGACAAUUCCCGGAUUUCCGCUAGGUAUUGGCCAUGUACUGAUGUACGUACAUAUUACUGAGAAGAGACCAGCGCGCACAUGUCUUUAAACUUGUUUGUUACAUGAUCGCUUGGUCAAUAUCCCUAUAGAGAAAACGCUAAUUUAAUGCUCGUUGACAAACAAAAACUGGAAUACGAGCACACAGUUGUGCUUUGCAUAAUUUCAAGGUGCCGGUGGUCUACAAUUACUGCCAGCCAGCCACUUUUUCUGCAAGUCAUACGAGCCUCAACAGUCAUAACCACGAGCCCCGUUACAACCUGACUAAGCUAAGAGGUGAGAGACUCUGCCAUCAUGAUAGCAGAGCUGGUGCAUGGUGUCCAUGAAGUCGGUUUCAGAAGUAUUCUGCUCGGAAUAACAACAUCACUUCUUGUGGUAUGGCUGAUGAAAAGGGUUUCCAAACGAAGGAAGAUAAAUCUACCCCCGGGACCGAUGCCUGUGCCGUGGCCCUUACAUUUCAUCACGGAUCUCCUGUUGAAGGCUCGAGGUACCAACCCAUUCGUAUUGCUGGGGAAACUGGCUGAAAGAUACGGAGAUAUCAUUUACCUCGACAACGGCGGACGUCGUUUUGUGUUUCUUGCGAAUCCUGAGCUUGUUAAUGAAGCGCUUGUCAAACAAGCUGAUGCAACAUCCGGAAGAGAAGACUUCUGGGAACUGAAAGCGGUCACUCAGUACCAUGGUGGAAUAAUUUUCUCCGAAGGAGUUGAAUGGUUACAGCACCGACGUUUUGGUCUCGCAGCGCUGCGUAACUUCGGAAUGGGUAAAAAGUCACUUGAAAACUCGGUCAACGCAGAGGCCCGGACCCUGAAUGAAGUUUUAUUGGAAAAGAUCGGGAAACCAUUUGAUCCGUUUCUUAUUGUGAACAAUGCUGUAUCCAACAUUAUCUGCGCCAUAACAUUCGGCCAGCGAUUUGAAUAUUCGGAUCCGAAAUUCAAGGAUAUGAUACAACGGAUCAACUACUUUGUAGCCGAAGAUCCGGGCGUCCUGUCGAAUCUUCCCACCUUCAUCAGCAACGCUCGUAGAAGAAAUUUAGUGGCAGUCCGAAAGUACUUAGAAGAGGAAGUCAUGGAACAUAAGUCUACCUUUGAACCCGAUCACGUCAGAGAUAUCAUCGAUUUAUACUUGAAGGAAAUAAACCGUGCACGGGAAGCAGGCGAGAAAUGUGAACUGGAUUUGUUAAAGGCAUGGCCAUUAGUUUUCGAUUUCUUCUUGGCGGGAACGGAAACGACAUCGACAACACUACUUUGGGCAUUCCUCUUUAUGGCAGGUCAUCCAGAAAUUCAAGAAAAGGUCGUAAAUGAGAUGAAAUUAGUUAUUGGGUCCGGUGCCACACCUCGAUUCGAAGAUCGCAAAUUGAUGCCAUAUACGGAGGCAACACUUAUGGAGGUUCUCCGAUAUCGUCCAAUCGCCCCUACUGGUGUUCCACAUCGGGUAACCUCUGAUAUAAAGGUCAAGGAUUACGAUAUCCUUGCAGAUGUCAACAUUGCUAUCAACAUCUUGUACAUUCAUCAUAACCCUAAAAUAUGGGGUGACCCGGAAGUGUUCCGACCUGAGCGUUUCUUGUCUGAGGAUGGGAAGUCUGUUGUUAAACAUGAUGCCUACAUGCCAUUCGGCGCUGGGCGUCGAGUUUGCCUCGGUGAGCAAUUGGCCAAGAUGGAAAUGUUCCUUUUCUUCACCAACAUUCUUCAGCAGUUUAUAAUCACCUUACCUCCUGGAGUUCUACCAAACUAUGACUUUGGCCAUCGUGUUACCACCCUGGUUCCCAAGGCAUAUGAAAUCAUCCUAGAGGAGCGUUAGAAUGCCAAAUGAUGGCUACACAUCUCGCACAAAUCCAUGCACCACCAACGUUGACUGUGAUAUAAUUAUGAGCCAGCCAUCGCAUCUCUUCGUGAUAAGCCUUUGCAAGAAACUUCCAAAAACAAAUCCCAAAUCAAGCAUUCAGUGGGCGUUGCAGUUGAAGUUGGGCAGUCGUGAUUGAACACCAACAAACUACGUUUAAUCAAAGAGUUGACGCUUUAUACGUGUCGAUCAAGGAAGAGAAGAAACAAGAAUAAAGAGAAAAAAAAGGAAAGGAAAGAAAAAGAA